UGGCUUCAUAUGUAAAUCCACUCGUGCAGGAACUAAUAUAUCUUACUCAAAGGAAUUGCUUUUGGGCACAAAUUCUUUGGUGAACUUGAAUCAGAUAACAGAAGAAGAAAUGAAGGUUGGUUCACUCCAAGCGGCGGUGACACAGUGGCCAUUCUUCAUCUUCUUAGGCGGAUCCAUGUUCUGCCUCCUCCCGAGCAGCAUUUGCCACCUUUUCUCAUGCCACUCACACUGCUUGAACAUCCAGCUGCUGCGGAUAGACUAUGUGGGUAUCACGGUCAUGAUCAUCACCUCAUUUUCCCCCCCAAUCUACUACAUUUUCCAGUGCGAGCCCCAUUGGCAACUGAUCUACCUUGGUGGAAUAACGGCGAUGGGGAUGUUCACUGUCAUGACACUGCUAACCCCUUCUCUUUCUUCUGGGAAAUUCUGGGCAUUUCGAGCAAUGCUCUUCUCGUCCAUGGCGUUUUUCGGUAUCAUACCUGCAAUCCAUGGCUGCAUUGUGAAUUGGAGCAAUCCCCAACGCUCCAUCACGCUUGCUUAUGAGUUGGCCAUGGCGCUAUCUUACAUUACAGGAACUUUGUUUUAUGUUAGCAGGAUUCCUGAGAGGCUAAAACCGGGUUGGUUCGACCUUGCUGGUCACAGCCAUCAGAUAUUUCACGUCUUUGUGAUCAUGGGUGCCUUGGCUCAUUAUGGCGCUACUCUGUUGCUCUUACCGUGGCGAGAUAGAGUUGGGUGCAAUGGAACUGUGUAACGAUACUAGAAUUUGUCAAAAUUCAAUUCAUUUCGAUUGAAGAGAGUGUGAGCUAUUAUUUGCUGGGGGUUCGUGAUAUUACGUUGUUACUGUGUGUACACCCCAAAGCAAGAAGCCUCAAGGAGAGUUGGCGCUCCAUGACAGAGGAGAUGCCUCCAUUUAUAAAGAAGUGGAAUGCUCAUUGUAUUUGUUAUAUACUUCUCAUUAUCCGUGGAUAAUUUGAUUUUACAAUGUGAUCAUAUGCGGGUAAUAAUC